UAAUAAGUUAAGUCAUGGUGAAGGGAAAGUGGUGGUUUUUCGUUUUUUGAGAAGUACUGGUCUCAUCAAGAGGAUCUGAGGAUUCAGGAGUGACGGACGGUUAACAGCCAGGAGAUGGCAGUAAUGCAACAGUUUUGGAUGCAAGCUGCCGUUAAACUUGACUGAAGAAGAAGGAGAAGAAGAAGAAGAAGAAUGAACGCUGGCCAACAAAAUGACUACAUUUCCCAGUGGCAGACCAGUUCCUUCGGUGUGUUACCGUUUUGAUGACGUCAAUAUUCUGCGACCCACCGUUUAUGCGAUACUACACAGAAAUGGCGAGCGGUAAAAAGAGUACGCUGCUGUCGUCUUUAGCGGUCUAUGGAGAUGAUUCGGAGCCCGACUCUGACCCUGAACAAGAAGAAUCAGGGGGGCGUGUAGGAAGCCUUGUAUAUCGCUAUGAUGAGGAUGACCUGAACCAAACUGUGGACCCAGAAGAAAAAGAGUCUGCAGAUGAAGACAGCAGAGAAAACAACUCGGAAGUGGACGAAUCUGACGAGGGGAGGGACGCAGAUGACUUUGAGAUCCCAGAAGCAGAAAAAAAGGACCCCAAGGAGCUAGUUGCUCUGUUUUCAGAAAAGGUGAGAAACAUGUCACCUGACGAGAUCAAGAUCCCCUCCGAACCCCCCGGACGCUGCUCCAGCCAUCUACAGGAGAAGAUUCAUAAGCUGUAUGAGAGGAAGCUCCAUGGAGAUUUUGACACAAACGCCCAUAUCCAGCAAAAGAAGGAAUUUAGAAACCCAAGUAUUUACGAGAAGCUCAUUCAGUUCUGCGCCAUAGAUGAACUGGGAACCAACUACCCAAAAGAUAUGUUCGAUCCUCAUGCCUGGUCGGAAGACUCUUACUAUGAAGCUCUCGCCAAAGCUCAGAAGGUGGAGAUGGACAAACUGGAGAAAGCCAAGAAGGAACGGACCAAGGUGAGCCUAACGACAAAGAAGAGUGGAUUACUCUGUCAGUCUGCAUCAGGGAUUGAGUUUGUCACGGGGACUAAGAAGGGCACCAACCCCUCCAGCACAGCAGCCUCCACCACCAGCAACACCACAACUACAUCCACAGAUGCCCAGAAGAGGAAAAGUAAGUGGGACUCUGCACUCCCUGUGACCCUGGCCCAGCCCACCCUCAUCACAACCACAGCCACGCUGCCCGCCGUCGUCUCUGUGACAACAACAGCAAGCGGUACCAAGACCACCGUCAUCUCCGCAGUGGGUACCAUCUUAAAGAAAGCAAAGCAGUGAGGAUGAUGAACGGGCUGCAGCGUGACCGACGGCCUGUAUUGUGCUGCAGCCGUUAUAUGUGUGAAAAGUGAUGGACACAUUUUCAGAACCAGCCCACAAAUUCUUUCUGCUCCUCGUGGACUCACAAAGACUAAAAACUGCCUUCUAUCUCUGGGAUUGUAUCUGCAUUAUGGCAUCACAAAGCCAAACUGAGCACGGGGACAAUACUCCUCUGUAAAUCUGAUGCAUGCAGAUCUUUCUAAACAAGCGACUAUGUCAUUGUGCUUUUUUCUUUUUCUUUAUUUGAUGGCAACAUUUGUUUAUUUAAGACAGGAAAUUGUUGAAACUGUAAAAGGGUCCCUCACAGAACAGAUGUAGUUGAAAUGUCUGAAGUUUAUUUUUCUAUUCAUAGUUGUGGUACAGUAUUUUCAUGCCUGCUGUAGCACUGGAUUGUAAUCGUUCUUCUGUGGCACAGUGAAUGACUCUGAGCUGAGAUGUUUGUUUUUGGUUUUUUUUACUCUUGUACGUAUGUAUUGAUAAGAAGGUGAAUAAAUGGAUGAGAUGUUGCCUUUUCA